AUGUCGGACCUGCCCCGUGAAUCCGAUCCUAGAUCUACAGCAGAAAGAGAGAUUCUGGACUUGACAGCGACUCCGUGUGGGAUCUGUGGCCCAUCAACAUGCGACGAACAAAUGAUUUGUUGCGACAGCUGCAUGAAAUGGUUUCAUUCACGUUGCGUGGGAGUUGCUGAAGAUUCAAUUCCGGAGAAAUGGUACUGCCAAAGCAAAGCUUGCCAGCAGCAAGCCCAGGAGUACCAAAAGCAGUAUAAGGAAGCCAGAAAACAGGCUCGUGGCAAAAAAACCCCUGACGAGUUUGAAAAAUCCAGCUCAACACUGCGCAAAAGCACCUCUAGCGUCGAACAGAGGAUGAAGGAAUUGGAGGAGAGGCAAAAGCGGCAGAACGAGGAGCUGGAGGCGGAAAUGCGACUGCAGCAGAUGGAGAAACGGAUGCAGCGCGAGUUUGAGAAGAAAAAGUUAGAGAUGGAGAUCAAACUUCGCGCCGAAGAAGAAGAAGAACGUAGAGCCUUGCAAGAAGAGAUAUUGCAGAAGAAAAAGAUGCAGAUUGAGCGGAUGCGAGCAAAUCAGCGCUCGUUUGAGCAGCAGAUGGCUGAUCUCGAUAAAGAGCUUAAUGAGCUUUCGGUCAUCAAAACUUCCAAGGUGAUCCCAGCGCUAGUAGAAGUUGUGGGCGGGGCUUCUAUUGAAAGCAAAGAAAAACUUCCACGAUUGAGUGGGGCGAAUAUAAAUAAGCCGGCAGAAGAAGAGGACACCGAUGACGAUUUCGAAGAUGAUUACGAUGAAGACUCAGAUCGUAUAAGUCAGCGUUCCAAUCCGUUCAGUGAAGGGGAGACCAGUACUCUGUUACAAAAAAAAAAAGAAGAGAGCCUAAGAGCAGCCACCAUGGACUGGGGCAGGAACGAUUCGGGCCGACGAAGGCCCAGUUAG